AUGGGCUGCUCCGGCGGUCUGGCCUUGGCCAUUGCUGUUCUUUUGAAAGCCUUCUUCACUGCCGAGGCCGCACCCGAUCUUGGAAAUCAAAUGGCUUCGUCUGGAGCGGAAAAUCGUGUUAGCAAUUGGCGUCAAUAUCUAAGAAAUUCUUCAUCAAAUACAGAAGGGGAGUCCGCCCACGAACCAUCCACCUCACCCUCCUGGACGCGGGUCCUCUUUGGAUCUUCUGAAAUGGAAACGGAGGACACGGGCACGUCCGUCAAUGACAGAGUUGCACGGCCUGUGCCUCCCGCUAAUCCAGUCGCUCCCGGGGAAGCGGAUAUUCUACCUGUCGUACCCUACCCCUAUCAGGAAGAUGAAAUGAUAGGGGGAGAUAGUCUUCUAUCUAUAAGGAAACGACUCUUAGCAUCCAACGCCCAACCAUCUGCCGAGGGCAUUAACUUGGCCCAUCUUGACGCCCAAGACCGCUUCGAAGUCAAGGUGGAUAUAAUCAAGCAGACGGCAGUCCUUGAUCCAAGUGGCGAUUGGACGGGACGGGGAGCGCGGGCCCUGGACAAUCCCCGUGCGGCCUCAUCCAUCAGAAGGGGAACCUUCCUUAAUAGAGCUCUAUCGCCUUAG